ACCACCCACACACCCACCCGCCCGACAACCGCCCACCAUGGCCGACUCUGCGGCAGCCGGCGCAAACGUCGCCGAACAGUACUCGCUGCUCCCCAAGCUCAUGCCCCAUCUCGACCGCCACCUCAUCUACCCGCUCCUCAACUUCUCGAGCGAUGAAGAGGCCGAGCAGACGGCCGAGCAGAAGAAGCUGCUGCUCGAGCUGCUCAAGCCCACCAACAUGACCGACUUUGUUGGCCAGCUGCACCAGGAGGUCCACGGCCUCGCCGACAUGUCGGACGAGUACAAGAAGAAGCGCGAGGAAGUGCUGCAGAAGCGCGACCAGCUCGAGGACGCCACGAGCAAGAUCAGCGGCCUGCUGGAUGACGAGAACGUCGUCACAAACCUGCGGAGCGACAAGCAGCAGAACUUGGCCUACCUCAAGGAGAGCCACGGUGUCGACAUGGAAAUGGUCAACCAGCUGCUCGAGUUUGGCCAGUUCCAGUACUCGUGCGGCGUCUACCCCCAUGCCGCCGAGCUUCUCUACCGCUUCAGGGUUCUGACCACCGACGGCGACAAGGAGCGCGAGGCCACCUGGGGUAAGCUCGCUUGCGAGAUCCUGUCGGUCAACUGGGACUCGGCCAUGGAGGAGAUCAACAAGCUCAAGGAGAUCAUUGACACACGCCUCUUCAACAACCCUCUUGCACAGCUGCAGCACCGCACCUGGUUGAUCCACUGGUCGCUUUUCCCUCUCUUCAACCACGAAACCUCGCGCGAAACCCUCACCGACAUGUUCUUCUCUCCUGCAUACAUCAACACCAUCCAGACAAGCUGUCCCUGGAUCCUGCGCUACCUCGCUGCCGCCGUCAUUACCGGCCGCAACCGGGGCAGGAACUCGAAUCAGUACCAGAAGCAACUCAAGGACCUGAUUAGGAUUGUGCGACAAGAAGGCUACGAAUACAGCGACCCGGUCACCGACUUCAUCAAGGCCCUGUACAUUGACUUUGACUUUGAGGAGGCGCAAAAGAAGCUGGGCGAGACCGAGGAGAUCCUUAAGAACGACUUCUUCUUGCUGGGCGCCGCAGACCAGUUUGUGGAUGCAGCCAGGCAUCUCAUUUCCGAGAGCUACUGCAAGAUCCACCAGAGAAUCGACAUCAAGGACCUCUCAACACGUCUCGGUCUCUCCCAGGACGAGGGUGAGAAGUGGAUCGUCAACCUCAUCCGCGACACGCGCGUAGACGCAAAGAUUGACUACCAAGCCGGCACAGUCGUCAUGAACCACCCCCCACAAUCAGUCUACCAGCAAGUCAUUGAGCGCACAAAGGGCGGCUUCUUCAGAACACAGGUCCUCAGCGCCGCCGUGGCAAAAUGAGUAUGUGAUUUUGUACGACUACAUUUGUGUGCUUUUUGUUUUUUCUUCUUCUCGUUUAAUGGCGAUACGUGGCAGUAGCGGUAGUAAGGGAAAACCCGGCGUCUGGGGAGGUCAAGCAUAUAUGUGUGUGUGAGAGAGAGAGUGUGUGUCUGGGUUGAUGAUUGAUGAUGACAAUUUCAUGAUCUAUGCCAUGAGCAAAAAAAAAGUAGACGCCCAGAGAGAAGCAGAAGCGAAGGAGCAGAUCAAAAUAAAGUUCAUGGCAGCGGUUAGGCGGGGGUAGCGCGGGUUCGGUAUCUAUAUAUCUAGGCUUUGCGAAAUCAGGUCGUGGGUUAGGUUAGGUCAAGGUCACGAUUGGAGUGGAGUGGAGUGGAAGAGAUAGUAAAGACAGACUUAC